UCUUACGGUUUUACGUGUACUAACCAAUCUAACCCAUCCUUCAGUAAGGCGCCCCCACUCUCAAUGAAGAAGUCUCGAUGUGGCUUCAUAAAAAAAGAACCCCUUGAGUUAUCCACUCGUCUCAUCGCUAUAACUUAAUUAGGCUUACAAUAGGCCCAUUUUAAUCUUAUAAGCCCACAUAAUCAAAACAGUAAACAACGCACCAGACUUGCAGAAAAAGAGGCCCCAAACUUAAAAGCCCAUUAUUAUGCUUUUCUCAAUUACUCUUUAAACAACGGCGGUCAACUUCAUUUCACUCUUAUCAACAAACUCGGGAGCUAGCAAAGUGACACACACGAGUGUUGACCACCUCACCACCGCCACCGACGCAAGCCUCCCACCACGUGUCACCUUCGUCUCCACGUGUCGACGCCACAAGCUGCCACCGUCUGGUUCGUCUCCCUCCAUAUAUCCCGCAUGAAAAACCGAUCCAUUCAUUCCAAAGUAAACAAAAGCCCUAGAAAAGAAACCCGAGAAAGCAGCAAGCUAGCAAGCAAUACAACAACGUACCAGAAAGGAGAGUUUUUUUUUUUUGUUUUUUGUUUCACACUCUUCCAAACUUUACUACCAUGGCUGCCUUAUCAUCGAUGAUGACGAGAAGCGUGGCGUUCUGCCGCCUCUCGAGAGCCUUCCCGAGAAACCAACCGUUGGUGGCGAAUUCCAGCCUCUUCUUCCGCCGCACGUGGAAAUUCUCCCGCAUCUCCUUCUCCUCCGCCACCUCCAAAUCCAAUAACUACAACCAGGGCUGGAACGCGGCCGACCAUGACAAAAACCGUGACAAUGUCACCGACAAGGCACGAGACAAGGCGGAGGACCUGACGGGGAAGGCGAAGGACCGGGCCGAGGAAGUGAAGGACUACGCCCGCGAAACGAAGGAGAGCGCCAAGGAGGCAGCCCGUGCGGCCUCCGAGAGGGCGAAGGAAGGGGCGUACAAGGGGGCGGAGGCGGCCGACAGCACGAAGGAGAGGGCGAAGGAUUACGCUUACGACGCCAAGGAGAAGGCGAAGGAAGGCGGGGAGAAGGCGAAAGGGGUGGCGGAGAGCGUGACGGAGAAGGCGAAGGAGACGGUGAAAGGGGCGUGGGAGGCGGCCAAGGACACGACGGUCAAGAUCAAGGAGACGGUGGUCGGGAAAGACGACGACGAUGACGAUAUGACGAGCAGCGGGACGAGUAGUGAGGAUGAUGAUGAUGAUGGUGGCGAGAAAGGGUGGCAGACGGUGGAUGCUGACGUGGCGGAGCUGAGGCGGCGUGCCGACGGUGAGGGGAGGAGGAAGGACUUCUGAUGAUGUUGGGUUUUGAAGUUGUGGUUCUGGCUAGGGUUUUGGAUGGAGUUGGGUGGAGCGUGGUUCAAUAAUAUCUGGAGUGGUUGGGUAAUUAGUUGGCUGGCCCGUGGAGCAAGCCAGGGAUGGGGAAUUCUGUUCUUAUUUUAUGAAAUUUUCAAUGAAGCAGUGUUUGUGAAACUCUGUAUUUUGAAUUUCUUUUGGCAAAUACAUAACCAAGUAGGGCUUCGAAGUGCAGUCGAGAAAAUGUAACAUUCUAAAUCAAUGGUAAAGAGUUUUUUAUCGAGCAUUCAGCACUUCACCACUGUACUUAGUGAUUGAGAUUGAGGGUUUAAGGUUGUCUCGACCGUCGUUAAUAUAUAGUGUUUGGUUGUUGGAUUGCGUUAUAAAUAAUCGAUUGAGUUGUUGCAUGGAAUAUGUUUUGUGGAUGUUGAUAUGGAAUUGAUAUCGUGUACAUUCAAUAACAAUAUUUUAUAAUGUCAUGUUUUGUGGAUGUUGAUAUGGAAUUGCUAUCGUGUGCAUCCGAUAACAAUAUUUUAUAAUGUCAUAUUGCAAACGAUAACAAUCGGCGAAAAAUGCUAUCCGAAUUAGGCUAGAAUCCUAAAUUCGAUAUUCAACUAUAUGGUGGGCUAGCUAUUGGGCCAACUAGACCACAGACGAAAAUAUAUUUGAUAUACAAGCAUUUCAUAAUUUCACGUACAUGUACGAAGAUAACCUAAUCUAGCUAGUGUGUAAAAAGUUUAGCUUGGUUUAAUCCACUGAUUGGCUUGGUUUUGUGUAUCUACACAUCCAUUUAAAGAGAUUCUCCAAAGGGAGUGCAUUAAAACCAAAUUUGGAGGCCUCUCCGCAGCUCACGGAAGGCUAUGAAAGUAUUUUUCCCUUUUUUGUGGUGAAAACCUUUCUUUUUUUAAUAACUAUUGCUACUAUGUAUUUAUUGGGUUGGGCUCUUAUUGGACGUUGCGUCAGAUUUAACCUAUUCGCAUAGUAAGGGAAAGUUGGUAAUUUUGGUGGGCAUAAAAUACUCAAUUAAUUUAUUAACAACAAAUUUGGACCAUAGUUGUUAGUUUCAACCGAUGGAAGCAAUGAAACUAGCGUGAACACCACCGAUGUGACCGGCAUGACCAAUUUAUGAUUUUUAAACAAAUAACAUUGUUUUAGUGAAUUUAAUUAAUAAAAAAUUAAUAUGUCAUUUAUUUUAUGAGUUUAGAAUUUUAAUGUUGAUGUUAUUUGUUGAAUUCAAAUAUAAACGUUUAGAUAUUAACGUUAACUGUUAUAUUUAAAUAUGAGCAUUUGUAAUUUCAUUUGGAAUGUAAACAUCAAGAUGAAUUAUAAAUAAAUUAUUCAAAUAUGAUUUCAUAUGUGAUGAAAUUCAUUUCAUGUUAAUGGUUUUUCACAUUUCUACAUAUUUUGUUAACCGACAUGGACCAACACAAACUGGUUGUACCACCGGUCGAACCAUUUCACUUGCUAAACUUGCACACUGGUAGAAACCGGUUUGACAACCUUGACUCCAACUAAAAAAGGAAAUUCCUUUUUAAUUAACAUGUUAUGUAUGAGCUUAUUUACUAUACUGUAUUGGAGUUUGCACAUUCCAUUUGAAUUUGUGUCAUAGCGUAAAAAUUAUAAGUUUAGUUUGUAUCAUAAAGCAAUUUGUACGAAAAAUAUAUAUGUGCAAAUUGUGCCAUAACGUUAAAGAUACACUUUCAUAUUUGUAUCGUAAAUUUUUUUAUGGUACGUAAUAAAAUAUGUUUUGCUUCGGAUAGUUACUAUGGUCAUUUACACUGUUAUUGAAAUUCAUCCGACCAACGGGCGGGCUCUGAAUCUAGUAAUUAGCAAAACAAGUUAGGGAAAGGUAAGGUCCAAAUUUCACGUUCCCCGUCUUGAAUUAUUUGCUCAGAAUUGGGCCGCCCAAGGUUGAAUUAUUGUAGCAAGAGCCUGCAAAGCCCAGUUGUGUAGCAAAGCCCAGUUGUGUCUAUGAUAAAAGUUGUAGUCCUUAAAAGUUAUGCGAAAUAAAAAAAAAAAUUCAUGUUUUUUGGAUUUUGGAGCACAAAGUUAUGGUUGUCUAAAGUUUGACGAAAUCGGAAAAAAGCUCGUUCGGGGUAGCAAACGACAUUUUUUGGGAUGAAGGCGGGACCUAACCACCUUUGGCUUGCAAGAUCUCAAAAAGUUAUGCGGAAUCAAAAUUUUUUUUGCGACGAUUGGAUACCCGAACACAAAGAUACGUCCGUGUGAAGUUUCCACCUAGGUUAGGAUUUUUCAAAAAAAAAAAAAAUGCAGAUCGCACCCUUGGGGUGCGAUCUGCAACCAAAUUGCACUCUGGGGGUGCGAUCUGCAACCAAAUCGCAUGGUGGGGGUGCGGUUUUCAUCGAAAAACGCGCCCCUGGGUGGCGGUUUUCGCCUAAACCGCACUGGUAGGGAGCGGUUUUUGCAAAAGGGUGCUAUUUUUGGAAUUUUUCGGAGUUGGGUGCUAUUUUUGGAAUUUUUUUUUAAACAGUGCUAUUUCUGGAAAAAUCCCUGGGGUUUGGUAUGGCGGUCCAAAUGCAAAAAAAAAAAAAGGCCCACGAAUGAUUUUUCACCCUAUUUGACCCUUCAGAAGCAGAAUUUUAACAUGGAGAAACAAAUGUGGUGCCUGGUUAGGAAAGUGUGAUAGGUGGAGUAUGAAUCAGAUUUGGUGAUACAUGUGCGAAAUUAUUUUUGUGCAUUAACUUGGUGCUACUCAUGCAUACGAAUCGGGACGAAUCGAACCAAACAAGAUAUUAUACGCCUCUGGGGAGUGUAUGUUAUCAAAGUAACGUGGCAAACGACUCAAUCGAAGAAUCGAUUGAGCUAGGUCGACAUUCAUGCUAUCUAUGGUUGAUGGGCGUGAAGGAGCAAAGGAAAGUGAAAAGAAGGCGCCAAAAAUGUGAGAGAGGAAGUGGACAAAGAGAGAAGAAUGAAUGUAAAGAAAAUGG